CAACAGGGGGAGCUGUCGUCAAGACAGCUCCUUCAGCGUUCUGUUGACUGUCGGUUAGUCACAAGGGAGGGUCAGCCCGGCCCUUAUGGGGGUCCGGACAGUAUUUUGCUAUGUUGCCCUCUUUGCCACACGCCCAGCAGAUAGGAGGUUGAGUGCUAGAUUGUUUUGGCUGACCAAGGCCAGGCAGGCCGUUUGGGUUAUAACCGAGAGCACCAUGCCGAUAGCCUCUUCUGCUUUUGCCACGGAAGUUUCCACGACCGCGCCUCAUCUGAACCGGCCCUGGUGACAACGAUGACAGAGGUGUGGACAGAGCAGUUGUGGGGACAGAAAGCCACAUAAGCAGAAGUGUGAGGUCCUGUCCUGGUCAGCGAGACGCAGCUGCAGAGAAAACAACGCCCUGCAACGGCAAUGUGUCAGCGACGCGAUGUGUCACUCUUCGUCAAGUAGCUGACUCCACACUUCACGCCCUCAAGAUCUUGCGCUAAGCGCGCCCCUGGUUCCUGCUCUGAUGGUCGCUUGAACACAUUGAACUUGCUGAACUCUGUUUGCUCCUUUCUAUUUCGCCAUAUCACAAGUGCAUCAUCUGCCGUUUUUGUUUCUUACCUAAGCAGAAACCCUUGCGCUUCCCCUUUCCCUAACGGUUUCUGCUAUGCUUGUAGGCAGGGUCAUCCCCAAAUAAAAAGAGCAAGAGUGCGGACAGACUUGAGUGUAGCUGGGCAUUGUAAGCUGUCUGUACUGCACUCCUUGCGCAAGUUACGACUCAAUAUUCUGCCUCACUUGUGGUCUGUCCGUUGGUGCGUUUCUCUUAAAAUUAUUCACUCUGUCUGUAAAACCUAACAGAAAUUGGGGGCUCGUCCGGGAUUUCUAUAUGUCCUUGCGGCUCCGGCGGGACUCCUCGACGCAGGAAAAAAUCCUUGGCCAAGGUAAACAAAAGCCCUUUGACGGGACUGCCUCGAGCGGUUCGGCUGGACGCCGGGAGGACUGCCGAAAUCACCCGAGGAAAAGAACCAGCGGACUGUGAGUAGGAAUAUUGAUUCUACUAAAAGGAAUGAAUGAGCGGUGACAAGAGGUCACUUAAAGUGAAAAAGUGACGAGAAGUCACUAAAACCUUGGGAAUUCUAGACCCUGUCAAGUAAAAUAGGAACAGUUAAAUUCCGCGGGGCGGUGCGGAGCCCCCUAACUAAUUGUUAGUUAAACCUAGCGAUUAAUUGUUAGUUAAAUUCCGCAAGGAGGGGCGGACUCCUCUGUUAUUCCUAAAAGUGGUGAAAAACGCGCGUGGUGUGUUUGUGUACGGUUUGACUGAGAGUGAUCUCAUUUGAGCUCUCCUCUAUAUAAAAACACAGGAUUGUAAACAGUGGCUUUGUGUGAGGUGCAGAGGCUGAGAACUCUCCGCUUCCCUGCGGGGAAGGUGAAAGGAGACUUACUCCACAUCGAAUAUUUAACCACUGUCCUGUGAAUAAAGUUGGCCUUAGGACACUGUAGGUGCCGUUCGAACAGCCAACCCCGAAAUUUAGAAAAUAAAAAACCAUGGGAAAUUUAAACAGCAAGCGAAACCCUUUACCCCGAGAUAAAUUAAAAUGCAAAGAUUGGAAAUUAAUGGAAUGGGUCGACCCUAAAAAUGUGAAAUAUCUCGAUAAAUGGAUAACAAAUUAUAACUUCGAUGGUCAAUUGAGUGCGAACUCAUUAAACAAACUCAAACAAUCGAUUAUUGCCAAACAUGGUGCAAAUAAAAAGAAUAAAGAUGGGUAUCAUUUAAUAGUGAAAUGGGAAUUGGAAGCAGAAAAAAGAAAAUGUGGACAAAUAAAAGAAAAAUUGAAGAACAAAGGGAGCGAAGAAAAAUCCGUCUCCAAAGAGAGCCUGUUAUUACAUAGACAAGAAGAUGAUGAAACCUCAGCGGCGCGGCCUCGCUUGAGAGCCGUGCCCGAGGAGGGGGUGGAUUCAGAUGAAAAAGAUGAACAAAUUGUUAGAGGAGGUGUUGCGGAGUGCAGGCAAUUGUACCCACAAUUGCCUAGCGCGGACGACCCUCCUAAAUAUAGUGAUUUUGCUCACGCCAUGAUUACGCGGAGCCGCGUAAAAACGGAAGCUCCCUCGGCUCCCGUGGUGGGCUGCGACCCAAACUAUAUAGGCGCAGGAGUAGCCGACGCCUACCCAAUGAUCCAAGUGGCAAACCCCCAUGAUGGCGGAGGGCCCACUAUUUUAGUCUACAGAACGUGGACACAAGCUGAUGUAAAAUCAGCCACUGAGGGAAUAGCAUUGCCAUCUGAAGAUGUUGAGCAAUAUUGUACCGACAUGAUGCAACUCAUUGCUUCUUAUAAUUUAAGAGGAGAUGAGGUGCAACAAGUUUUUAUGGCAACCUUGACCAAAGAUUGGGCCAGUGUCAAGGGCGAUUGGAAUCCUUUUGAUAUAAAUGGCCGUCCAUUGGAAUAUAAUGGACUGCCGUUAAAACAUCAAAUUGAACAACUUUUGGGUAGAAUAAAAACUAAAUUUCAACGUAGAGCAAAUUAUACAGAUAUUGGCCGGACCAAACAAAAAGAGGAUGAGUCUUUCGAAGAUUAUAGACACAGAUUGGAAAAAGUGUUCAAAGCCAAUAGUGGCUUGGAACCUGGAACUGAGGUUUACAACCAACAACUCAAAAAUGCCUUACAUGCAAAUUCACGACCAGCAAUCCAAAACUGGGUUACGAAACACAUGAUCACUUUCCCUACUUCCACACUGCCACAAUUUAUUGAUCAUGCCAUGCAUGCUGAGAAAAUUGUUAAUUUAAAAAAGGGAAAAGAAAAAGGGAAAGUGGCUACCAUCUUUUUUGCAAAUAACAACUCACAUGAUGCAUUUUAUCAAAACAAAACCUUUGAACCUUACCAGAAGAAGCAUGGUCGUGGAAACUUCCGCGGUAAGGGCAGAGGAGGCUAUCGGCAUGGUGCUCUCGGUUAUGGCCCGACAGGCCUGCCCGGCCUUGGUCAACCGAAACAACCUAGCACUCAGCCUCCUGUCUGCUGGGCGUGUGGCAAAGAGGGCCACAUAGCAAAAUAUUGCCCGGACCCUCAUAAGGGCCAGGCUGACCCUCCCUUAUGACUAACCGACAGUCGGCAAGAAACUGAAGGAGCUGUUUUGACAACAGCUCCCCCUAUUGAUGCAGAUUUGAACAUUCAGGACUUGUUGAUGAACAAUGUAGAGAAACCUGUGAUAACUUUGUUUGUGAAUGGUACUCCCAUAACCUUUUUGUGUGAUUCAGGAGCGUGCAUCACUACUUGUCGCGACAUUCCUGCGGAUGUGCGAGAAGGCGGGAGGUCCUUUUGGGUGAGAGCAGCAAAUGGAAUGACAACUCCAGUUCCUCAGUCUCAUCCAGUCUGGAUACGGGACCCUGAAGGAGGAAGUUGUUGCAUUCCUGUCUUGCUGAUGCCAAAUUGCCCUGUUAACUUGCUUGGAAGAGAUGCUCUCACUGCUCUUGGUCUUUCUCUAGUAUCUCUUGAUGACAAAAUCGUUGUCAAAAGGCGUCAUCAAUUACAAAUAUUUGGUCAAUUUCAUUGUUACUAUUUUUAUUCAUUGGAUUUAGUUGACGCUGAGGUGAGGCAAUUUGGAUCCUCUCUCUUGACGCAGGCUGAAGGCUUUUUGCGAUGCCCUGAGCAGGCGAUGGAACUGACCGACCUGCACGUGACCUUGUGGCAUAAGGACACGCCCGGUCCUGACCACAACUACGAAACCAUGCUUAGGGCUGUUACACCUAUCACCUUGAGGUCAGCUUUCCUCCUGCAUGAUGGUGAAAGCCGCGCUUGUGUAGUCAUGCGGCCGGCUCCCUCUGAGGUCGAAGACUUACACAAGACAACCACCCCGCUCCAUGUUUCCUUGUUUCGACCUUUUUCUUCCACUUGGCAAAGCCUGGGAUUCAUGGCCAAGGACGCAUUGGCUGCCUUUGACUGGACUAGCGAUGGUCCUGAUUCUUUUUACAGUCCUUCUACCAAGCUUUUCAAAUGCAACAUGAACAUGAUCCUCUCUUUAACUUGUGGUGUGCACGCUAGAUCUUGUUCUGGGAAAGCACCCUCGGCUUGACAUUUUGUGUUGUCAUCAGAUGAUGAACGGGUCCUCGCUGAGGUCCCAAAUGAACUUUGGUCAACAGGGCCCUCUGACGUUGGGUUAGUGAAAGGUGCACUUCCUGUUGUCAUUAGGCCUAAGACUGAGUACUGCCCUUGUGUGCGACAGUAUCCAUUGAAACCCGAUGCCCUGCAAGGCAUCGCACCUGUUAUUUCGGAUUUACUAAAAGCUGGAGUCAUUAUUCUCUGUCCUGAUUCUCCUUGCAAUACUCCGAUUUUUCCUGUAAAGAAAGCGCCUCCUUCUGUCGGGUGGAGAAUGGUGCAAGAUUUGCAAGCAGUGAACAGUGCCGUCAUUCAGAGGGCACCUUGUGUCCCUGACCCACACACCUUGUUGAAUUCAUUAACGCCUGAUGCAAAAAUGUUCUCGGUAAUUGAUAUUAGCAACGCUUUCUUCUCUGUUCCUGUUGCUGAAGAAAGCCAGUUUUGGUUUGCAUUUACUUAUGCUGGCUCGAGGUACACCUUUACCAGACUGCCCCAAGGGUACUGCGAAAGCCCAACUAUCUAUUCGCAGGUGAUGGCGGCCAGCAUGGCAAAAUUUGUCCCACCAAAGGGAAGUCAGAUUUUGCUCUAUGUUGAUGACAUUUUGAUUGCUUCUCCUGAUUUUGAUUCUUGUCAGACGGACACACUUGCAGUGUUACAUCACCUGGCGAAGGAAGGCCACAAGGUCAGCAAAAACAAGCUCCAACUGUGGUCCGAGGAAAUUAAAUAUUUAGGACACAAUCUUAGUUCCCAAGGUCGAACUAUAAUUGAGAGCAGGAAAGUUUCCAUUUUGCAGGCCCCUAAACCACUCACUAAAAAACAAAUGAUGUCUUUUCUGGGUCUUGCUGGUUAUUGCAGGAGCUGGGUGCCUGAUUAUGCCCAAAUUGUCGCUCCUCUGUCCAAAUUAAUGUAUGUUGAGGACAUCUCGAUGUCCACUCCACUGAAAUGGACUCCUGAGGCGGAGGAUGCAUUUGUGUUGAUCAAGCAGGCAUUAGUCUCUAGCUCAGGGGUGGGCAAACUUUUUGACUCGCGGGCCGAACUGGGUUCUAAAUUUGGACCGGAGGGCCGGACCAGGAGCAGAUGGACGUAGGCGUUGUGUGAAGUCAUAUAAGCGACCUGUAAAGGUCAUUGCAUAAAAGAUCUUGGCCUUUAGUAGGUAGUAAAGCAUGGAUAUUCCAAACAAUUUUUUUGAAAACAAAUGCAUUUAUUAACAGCAUUAAAAAAAUAAUAAUUCACUAAAAAACUGCUAUCAGUGAUUCUCAUAAAAUACGACACUGUUAUUAUGAAUAACAAUCUCCAUCACUUCAGUGCCUGCAGGUCAGAUUAAUGAAAGAUGUUUAUCUUAUGAGAUCACAUCAAACGGCAAACAUUCUGACCAAAUAUAUCAUCUUGAAGAAUCGGUGAAAGCAUACAUCCAAAUAAAGUCAUCAAAACAGCAACACGGUGAGGGGUAUCUGAAAAUCAGAGCAGAGUUUUAACUCGCAAACACCUGGUAACAGAGGUGAGGAAACGGGAAACACUUCCUUAAAGUAAGCCUUAAGAACUUUACAGGUUAAGAUUAGUCGCAAAUAGGUGGUGCAUCAAUGUCUUUGAGCAUCCUGCAUUGUUUGAAAAUGAGAAUGGUCGCUAGUUUCAAUCCCUGCUAUGUGUACAAAUCAUAUUCAAAAUGCAUUUUUUUACAAUAAACUUGAGAGCCUCCCGUUCAUUUUCAGUGGGAACAGUGUUGUUGGUGUCCCUUUUUUGCUAGUGCGUCAUAGUCUGGAGUAAAAUUUGUUGUGGCAAUUCUUAGGCGAGAUCCGAGGUGUUGGUCCGUUUACCUUGAUCUGUGACGGGUUGAUGUUGACGUUCAUGUGGCUGAACGUCACGUCGCGUACGUCGAGCCAAAUUGGCCACUCUUUUUUAACAUUCGGCACUCACUUCUUUUUUUCGGGCCUCUCAUUUUAAUGGAAGGAUUCCAGGGGAAGGUUUGUGGGUGGCUUUAGCGCAAAACUGCAUCUGAAAGCUCAGCGCGCGAAUUAUAAGAACGCUGUCGUCAAAGCCCACGCUCUAAAUUCGGGACUGAUACGAAUAGAGCGAGAGUGCGCCAAGUCCGUACUACUGAGUACGUACACGCACUUGUGAGUGUGCACCGAGCUUUCUGACACGGCUUCCGGUAGUAAAUGCGCAGGCGAGCGCUUCGCCAUCUACUGGGAAAACGCAGUCCUUGCAGGCAAAAUGACCACAAAAAAAAAGUUUAAUAAUACAAUUUGUUCAGGGUUGGCGGGCCGGAUUAAACGGUCCCGUGGGCCGGAUGUGGCCCGCGGGCCGUAGUUUGCCCACCCCUGCUCUAGCUCCACUCUAGCUUUGCCCAAUUAUGACAAACCGUUUGUCCAAACUGUUGAUUGCAAAGGUCAUUAUAUGACCUCUGUUUUGAUGCAAUCGCAUGGCUUGAAACUUCGCCCUAUUGCCUUUUAUUCUUCUAAAUUGGAUAGUGUUGCUUGCGCUCUCCCACCAUGCGUGAGGGCCGUGGUGGCGGCCUCCAUGGCUGUGGAAAGCAGCGCCAGCGUUGUGUUGUUUCAUCCUUUGACGCUGAAAGUUCCACAUGCAGUGUCAGCUCUUUUGCUACAAACGAACAUGACCUUUUUGUCGCCUGCACGUCACCUGUCGUGCAUGGCUACUUUGCUUUCCCAACCGCACCUGACUGUUGAAAGGUGCACGACACUCAAUCCUGCUACUCUCAUUCCUCUUCCGGAUGACGGUGAAUUCCAUGAUUGUGUCGAGGCGGCUCAACAAGUGGCCAAGGCUCGACCCGAUCUAGAGGACACACCCUUGUCUGAUGGUCACGUGGUUUUUGUUGAUGGAUCUUCAAAGAAAAAUGAUCUUGGCGUGACCCUCUCUGGUUACGCUGUCGUUACAGCUGACGAGGUUUUGAAAGCUGUGAAACUUCCUUCCCAUAUGUCGGCGCAGGCCGCUGAACUCAUUGCUCUCACCGAGGCUUGCAUUCUUUUCGCGAACAAACCUGUCACCAUUUGGACUGACAGUCAGUAUGCCUUUGCCACAGUGCACGUUUUUGCUCAACAAUGGAGCAACCGUGGCAUGGUAACAUCUACGGGCAAGCCCGUCACCCAUUCGACAUUGCUUCCCCAACUUUUGGACGCUGUCCAACUGCCCUCCAGGGUGGCGGUCUGCAAAUGUGCUGCUCAUACUACUAGGACUGAUCCUGUUUCUUUGGGUAACGCCUUCGCUGACAGGUCUGCCAAGGCUGCCGCUGAAGGCGUGCUCCAUGUCCUCUCUUCUUGUACUGAUAACGAUUCCAUGUCACACGUUUCUCCUGACGUGCUGCUUGACAUGCAAUCUCAAAGCCCCUCCCAGGAGCGCCUUUCUUGGGAGAAACGGGGCGCCAUUAAAAAUGGCGAUGGCCUUUUUGUGUGACCUCUGGGCAAGCCUGUCUUGCCUCGGAACUUGUAUAAGUGGGCUGCUAUUUCGAGUCAUGGGGUCACCCAUGUCUCGACAGGGGGUAUGGUGAAACAGAUUGAGUCCAUUUACACAGCAUACGGGUUUGCUGGUUUUUCGCAACAAUUUUGCAGAGCAUGUUUGAUUUGUGCUAAACACAAUCCACAAGGUAACUUGCGACCUCGGAGGGGAAAAUUUCCGACUCCAUUGUAUCCAUUUCACACAAUACAUAUGGAUUACAUCCAAUUAAACAAGAGUGAAGGAAAAGAAUAUUGUUUGGUCAUCAUCGAUGCGUUUUCUAAAUGGAUAGAAGUCUUUCCCACCAGACAUGCGGACGCACUAACAGUAGCAAAAGCAUUGUGCAAAGACAUUAUUCCAAGAUAUGGCAUUCCAGAAAAAAUUUAUAGUGACAAUGGUCAACAUUUUGUUAAUCAAGUGGUGCAAAACAUUGGGAGAUUGUUCCACAUAAAUAUAAAGAACCAUUGUUCCUACCAUCCAGAGUCAGCUGGCUUGGUUGAGCGUUUUAAUGGUACUAUAAAAAAUAGACUAAAAAAAUGCAUGGAGGAAACUAAACGACCAUGGACUCAGUGUCUAGAUUUAGUAAAAAUGUACAUAAAUGUUACAAGUACGACUGGGUUGACUCCCUAUGAAACCAUCUUUGGAAGACCGUACAGGCUUCCUCAGUUUAAAAAUGUUUGGGACGUACCGGAGGAGGCCACUUUGGCCGACUACAUGAGAAAAAUGUUGGAACAUGUUAAAAAUCAGGCCAGUAACAUUGUUGAUCAACCCAUCUCUCCGCAGGAAGACCCCAAAGUGGUUCCGGGAGACUGGGUCUUGAUCAGGAGCAUCAAGAAGAAGAAUUGGCACUCGCCCAAGUGGGAAGGUCCCUUUUUAGUCCUUCUCACGACACCUAACGCUUUAAAAAUAGCCGAACGCAACACGUGGAUUCAUUUGUCUCACUGUAAAAAGGUGAUCUCCGCAGACCCAACCUAAGUACGGAAGGUGAGCAAAGUCUGGUAAUAGUGCCUGAUUCUGGUGUCAAGAUCCAGGGUUGACACGAAAGCCAGCGGAAGAAUUCCAAGACACCAACCCGAAGCUCAGGGUGUUGACUCUGAGGAGAUUUGAAACUAGGUGUUAAAAUGCCGUUGGGACAAUGUCUUGCGAAGGUGCGGGAUGGUUGCAAAUCUUGGGGUGCAUUCAUUUGGAUUUUUGUCAUUUUAGGUUUCGCUAUAGUUUGGGCAACGUACUAUAUGCGCUUCGGCCCUGGUUAUGUAAAACACGCGUCUCCAGAUAGUCCACCUGAAGUUUCCACUGUUACUGAUGUACCUGAUGUUUUUUCUCUUGAAAAGUAUUACAAACAUUGUUUGGCGGAUGACGGUUCUGGGCACAGUCGCAAUGGUUCCUUUGGUUACCGAUAUUGUCCAUGGAACAACGUUGCCUCGCGUAGACAUAGGCGUGAGGUCUCGUCCAUUAGGCGUAAGAUCUCGUCCAUUUCUAAUUACUGCACGCCUGCUCUCGUUCAUGACGGUAUUCCCUGCGUACCAUGGCGCAUAGCCAACGCAUACCUAAAUUCAUUGGCGUUCACCGUGGCCCCAAACACGACUUCCACUAUCACCGUGCCCUUGAAGAGUUUGCGAGGUACCCGACAAGGCCAGCCCACUACGGGUGACAAAUGGCCUGGGCAUUGGUGGUAUUUGACUGGCAAUCCGGAUAUCUCUGAUUGGAGCGCCCUUAUCACCUCGCAGGUACCAGGUUUUUGGCCUCCUGGCUCCAGUGAAGAGGCUCAAUUCUUUGCUAAACGUAUGACUUUGAAAAACCAGGGCUCUAGCCUUCUUUUGACCGUUACACUCCCUGAUGACACGGUUCGGCCCCCUCACGCUACCCUGUUCAAUACUUCCUGUUGGGGUUUUCAGUUGUGGGCUUGGUCCUCUGGGAAGGAUCCCCAGUUUCCUAUUGUAAUUUGUGUUGACAAAACAAUGCGGGGCGCCGACAGUCCCGUGUUGAGUGACUUUUCCAAGGCAUCUGGAGUGGUGGUUACGAGCGUGGCCCUCACCGAUGCAGACAGUCACUUUGUGGCCUCCACAGGUAUGAGUGGUCAGACUAACAAUUGGCUCCUCAUGGCCGAGCAAGCUGCUAAUGUGACUAACACCAGUUGCUUUGUAUGUAUGGGCCCAAGGCCCCUCUUGAAGAUCAUUCCCGCUAGUGUGGCUCCUGAGUGUGCGAUUUUUGUGAUGUUGACCCUUUCCAUUCCAUCUACUCAUCCUUGCUCCAGUUGGGACAAGGUCUAUCCUGUUUCCUCCUUGACAAAGUCCAAACCCCUUUUUUCUACUGAUGUUGCUGGAGGUAAUUUCACGUGCAUCAAGUUGCCCGGUACUGGCGCAAGCCUAGGCAUUUUGUCUGCUCCUAUGUGCACUUCCCUGUUCAAUGUCGCUACCCUUUUUUCGCCAAUCGCUCGUAGUGAUAUUUGGUUUUGGUGCAACACAGACAAACUUUAUGAUAGUCUCCCUUUUAAUAGCUCUGGAACUUUUGCUUCCCGUUUUGUUAAUGCCCGCGGCUCCUCAUGAGCUAGAAAUUUUUGUUGAUUCUUUUGUGCCCCAAUCUUGGUCGAGGGCUAAGCGGAGUGCCGAGUGGCAAGGCGUGGCGGAUCCGACCUAUAUAGAUGCCAUUGGAGUUCCCAGAGGAGUGCCGGAUGAGUAUAAGCUGGUGAACCAGAUAGCAGCUGGUUUUGAAUCCUCCAUUUGUUGGUGGUGCACCCUUAACAAAAAUGUUGACAGGAUCAAUUACAUCCACUACAACGUGCAGAGGCUUGGAAAUUGGACCGAGGCAGGCUUCAGAGCGGUCCACUCCCAGCUGGCCGCGACUUCCCUCAUGGCUUUCCAGAACCGGAUGGCCCUUGACAUGCUACUCGCAAAGGAGGGCGGUGUCUGCGCCAUGUUCGGUGAGCAAUGCUGCACUUUUAUCCCAAAUAACACUGCAGCCGGCGGAAGCCUGUCCCUGGCCCUUGAGGGCUUGAGGGCCUUGAAUGGGAAGAUGAAGGACCACAGUGGUGUGAACACGGAGGCUUGGAACAGCUGGCUGAAUGUGUUCGGCAAGUACCGCACCCUGGUUUCCUCGGUCCUUGUCUCCCUCGCCGUUUUUUCUGCUGUUUUGGCCUUGUGUGGAUGUUGUUGCAUUCCGUGUCUCCGGUCCCUAAUUAAUAAAUUGAUUGCAGCUGCUAUCUCUCCGGCGGCUGAGACUUUUCCGUUGCUCCCUGGGGACGACUUUGAGCUCCCUGAAUCCUUGGAGUGUCACUCCAGCGAUGACUCCAUUUAUGAGGCCCUCGCUGUGGACCUAUCCGAAUUUUUUCCUGAGUCCGACGUUGUCUGAUUGGCUUCAAUCGCCUCCCGAGUGUAAAUUUGUUCUUAUGACGUAUGAUCCUGCGGCUGAAAAUCUUUUGAAGUAGCCUUUGGGUGAUUUGAGGGUCUCUGAGAACUUAUGAUAAACAGGGGGGAAUUGUUGGAAAAUUGUAUAUAUAUGUUAUCAUGCGUUCUCUUUUUGUUUACGUUAUCACGCGUUCUCUUUUUAUUUCUAUAUUAUCAUAUUACAGUAAAUGAUCGACCGUUAGAUUAGUGCGUACGUGCGUUCGUUGUUCUGCUUUGCUGUUCUUAUGUUCACCACAGAAAGCCACAUAAGCAGAAGUGUGAGGUCCUGUCCUGGUCAGCGAGACGCAGCUGCAGAGAAAACAACGCCCUGCAACGGCAAUGUGUCAGCGACGCGAUGUGUCACUCUUCGUCAAGUAGCUGACUCCACACUUCACGCCCUCAAGAUCUUGCGCUAAGCGCGCCCCUGGUUCCUGCUCUGAUGGUCGCUUGAACACAUUGAACUUGCUGAACUCUGUUUGCUCCUUUCUAUUUCGCCAUAUCACAAGUGCAUCAUCUGCCGUUUUUGUUUCUUACCUAAGCAGAAACCCUUGCGCUUCCCCUUUCCCUAACGGUUUCUGCUAUGCUUGUAGGCAGGGUCAUCCCCAAAUAAAAAGAGCAAGAGUGCGGACAGACUUGAGUGUAGCUGGGCAUUGUAAGCUGUCUGUACUGCACUCCUUGCGCAAGUUACGACUCAA